AUGAUUAGAUUUUUAGUAACCUUUAUAUUAUUUUAUUUUUUUUUAAGUAAUAAUUUGAUAUUUAAUAGAAAAAUUAAAGUUUCUGUUUUUUCAUAUAUAGUUAUAAAUGGCAAAAAUAAAAAAUUUUUCAGAGAGAGGCAAAAAAUAUACACUAAAAAAAAAAUAAUAAAAUAUGAAGAUAUUGUUACACAAAAAGACAUUUCAAAGAUUAACACUCUUAUUUUAGCUUUAUUAGAAUAUAAAAAAAUACAUAAUAAUUUAAUUAUUCCUGAAAAUUAUAUCUUAAAAAUAGAAGGAAAUGAAAAUUUAAAAAAUUUUAAAUUAUGGAAAAAAUUACAAGAAAUUAAAGAUGAAAAAAGUGAUAAAAAGAAAAAGUAUAUAUACUUCAUUUUAAAAAAAAUGGAUUUUCCUUUAGAAACAAUUUUUACACAAGAAGAAAUAGACAAAUAUACAACAAAUGAUGAGGAAAUUACAACUUUUUCCAAGUUAUCAAAGGAAGAAGAUAUAAAUUAUGAUAUUAAUGAAAGACAAGAAGUUAGAAAAGAAUUAUUUUCACCAUAUAUUAAGAAGACAAAAGAUAAAAAAAGUGAAAAUGUAAAAGAUUUUUUGGCUUUAUAUAAAUUCAUCCCCAAGAUAAACGAACAAAAUGUGUUACCAAAAUAUUCUAAUAAAGGCAUACGAAAAAAAGGAAUUCUUAAAUAUAUUUUACAUGACUUGAAAAAAGAUGAAAAAUUUAAUUAUCAAUAUAAUUAUUAUUAUGACAAUAUUUAUAAUAAUGUAAAUGAUGAUGAAUUAAAUGACUAUUUUAAGUUUUUUAUGAAAUUUAAAAAAACAAAUCAAAAUUAUGAUUUUUUUGUUAAUAGAACAAGAUCCUUUUUUAAUGAGGAAAAUAGAAAAGAAAAAAAGUACUUGUUGUAUACCCGUAAGGAAACAGAAGGGGCACAUUCUUAUGAUUUUGAUAAAUGGUCUUUUGCAGAUUUUAUAGAAGCUUUAGUAUUUUUUAAUGAUUUAUAUAUUGAUUUAAAUAAAGAAAACUAUGAACAUUUCAAAAAAAAUGGAAAUGAAAAAUUAAAUAUAAUAGACUUUAACUUAUUAAAUCCUAAUUUUGUUAUACCAAAUGAUGACUUAUGGCCCACUGAGUGGCAUGGUCUUUAUAUUAACCAAAUUAGAAUGGGUGAUAUUGACGCAAAACAUCAUUUUAUAAGAAGAAAGAUUUUAGAUUAUAUACUAUUUGAUUUUAAAACUUCAGAAUAUGAAAAUAAAUAUAUUACUUUUACUUGGAGAAAAUUAUAUUUAGGAAUUGCAUGGUUUAUUCACACAAGAGGUCAUCCAAUUCUUAUUACUCCUUUUGAUAAAAUUCAGUUUGAUGUUUUUUCAAUGGAUUUUUGUAAACCUGAAGAAAUUCAAGGUCUUUAUUUGGGAUACUUAAUUAUUCAAGCUCAUUCUCAUGAAAAAAUAUUUUGGAAUAAUUAUAGAGAUAGAUUUGAUUUUUUAAAAGGUUUAGAAAUAAAUAUUAGGAGUGCCGAUGAAUUAAUAUUUUAA